AUGACGGCUCCAGAAACAGGCUACGGUUUCGUGGGCUUCGACAAUCUACGCAAUGACAUCUAUCCCGCCAUCUCGGCUAAAGAUACUCCCGCUCUGCACAAGCAAUCGAUAGACGUCACAUCCGAGUCCGCCGUCGCGAAUCUCGCCGAGCAAGUGCAGAGCGGGGAAACGCGUCUCGACGUCCUGAUCAACAAUGCCGGAGACAGCGCACCGUGGGUGCCUCUCCACGAAUCCGAUCCCGCGAAGUGGUGGCGCACGAUGGAAGUCAACGUCAAAGGGCCGUAUUUACUCGCGCAUGCGUUCCUGCCGCUGCUGCUGAAGACCGCGGAGAUGACGGGAAACGUCGAUAUCAUUAAUGUUUCCAGCAUCGGCGCGCUUACAGUCACUGAAGAAGUGGCUUCUGCGUACGGCAUCAGCAAGUUGGCUGUGUAUCGGCUGACGGAACAUCUGGAUGUUGGGUAUGCCGCGAAGGGAAUCAAUGCUGUUAGUGUGCAUCCUGGAGGCGUCGAAACGACGCUGGCGAAGAGGGCGUUGGAUAUCCUCAAGCCUUAUCUCAUUGAUACUGAGGAUUUAUGUGGUGGCUUCGCGGUUUGGAUCACUGCUGAGCCAAGGAAGUGGCUUGGAGGGAGGUACGCGUCGGCAACGUGGUACGUUGAUGUUCUGGAGAAGAUGAAGGACGACAUCGUCGAUGGUGACAAACUGAAAGUUAAGCUUGCUGUGUGA